CUCUAAGAUGGCGGAUGAGAUAUAAACGUUCGUGAAAAUUGAUAACUGUGGAAAUGGCUGCAACAUUUUAUGCAGUGGUGCUUUGCGUUCUAGCCAAUAUUCUUGUGCGGUGGUGUGUGUCUCUAAGCACCUAUUCAGGAAAGGGAAAACCCCCAAUGUUUGGAGAUUAUGAAGCACAGCGACACUGGAUGGAAAUAACAUACAAUCUUCCGUUUGAUGAGUGGUACACAAACACAACCAAUAAUGACUUAAUGUAUUGGGGCUUGGAUUACCCUCCGCUCACUGCAUACCACAGCUGGGUUUGUGGCUUCAUAGCUAACAAGAUAAAUCCAAACUGGGUUGCACUCAACAAGUCCAGGGGACAUGAAAGUCACACGCAUAAACUGUUUAUGAGGCAUACAGUUGUUAUAGCAGAUAUAUUGGUGUAUAUUCCAGCAGUCUUAGUUUUUGCUUUUGUUUUCUUGGGAAGGAAACCAGUCAUCAACAAGGUUCUUACUGCAGCUACUGUGUUAUUCUACCCAGGACUUAUCCUUAUUGACCAUGGUCACUUCCAAUAUAAUUCAAUAAGCCUUGGUUUAGCUCUGUGGGGAGUUAUAGGACUGGCUUGUGAUCAUGAUUUGCUGGGCUCAAUUGCUUUUACACUGGCGUUAAACUACAAACAGAUGGAACUUUAUCAUGCUCUCCCUUUUUUUUUCUAUUUAUUAGGGAAAUCAUGGAAACAAAAUUCUUGGUUCUCAAGAAUAUUUAAUAUUGCAAAAAUUGGGAUUGUGGUUGUUUUAACAUUUGUUCUUUGUUGGUUACCAUUUUUGACUGGAUUACCAAUGAUUUUACAAGUUCUCCACAGACUUUUUCCAUUUGCCAGAGGUAUCUUUGAGGACAAGGUGGCCAACAUUUGGUGCUCAAUCUCUGUUCUAAUUAAAGUAAAAAAAAUACUCUCACAAACUCAGAUUAUAAGACUCAGCACCUGGUCAACAAUCAUAACUUGCCUACCAUCCUCACUGAAUUUGCUAAAGAAUCCAAUGAUAGACCGAUUUGUUUUAGCCUUGGUGAAUUCUUCAUUGGCAUUUUUCCUUUUUUCCUAUCAAGUGCAUGAAAAAUCAAUUUUGUUAGCAGCUCUACCUGUUUGUCUUCUGCUUCACUAUAAACCCUUUGAGUGUGUGUGGUUCUUAGUCAUCUCUACUUUCAGCAUGUGGCCCUUACUACUGAAGGAUGGUUUGUCUCUACCCUAUAUUUCAUGCAUGUUGUUUUUCUACACCAUUGCUUAUCAUGUGUUUGAGCUCAACAAGGUAGAACCACUUAAACAAAGUUUGUUUGUUCUGUCAGUGAUUGGAGCCUUGGGUUUACACAUUGGAUCAGCAGUUGUUCAGCCCCCCAAACGGUACCCAGACCUCUGGCCUGUACUCAUCUCUCUCUAUUCCUGUGCACAUUUCUUAGCUUUUCUGUGUUACUUUAAUUAUAUUCAGUUUACUAUACCAUAUACUUUACAGUCCAUUGUCACAAAAGAAAAGAAAUCCUAGGAACAGAAAUUAUUUCAAAAUCAUUAUUUACGGAGAUUACCUCUGCCAAAAAAGUAUUUGAUACUGGUAAAGAUUUAUACCUGAAAUUAAUUUUGACAUGCAAGAAAUGUUUUUCUCAGGAGACUACAACUUGCAAUGCAAUAAUUGGAAACAUUGAAUGGUAUGAAUGAUUUUUGGAAUGGAAUCAACCUGACAUUCAUUAAUGUAAAGAUACACGUACCUGUUACUAACAUGUUCAACACUAUUAAAUAAGUUUUUAAAUUGUCAUAAUUUUCUUUAAUAUUACCAGUACUUCCUGAUCAAUGUUCAAUUUUUAUUCUUCAAUUGUCAUGAAAAAUUCUAUCUUAAUUAGAGUCUUAAUGAAAACCAUAAAAAUUCUGUCACAUGUUCCAUAGCUAUUGAGAAACUUUUUAAUGAUGAAUUUGUAAAGUGCUGACUGUUGUUGAUCUUGUAGAUGUAGAAAUAAAGGCAUUACAACAUUCAAACUGUA